UUAAGAUUCAGAUUGAAACUUGAGGGACGAAAACUGUAAUUAGACACUUUUCAUAAUUGGCCAGUGCUGCUUGAAUGGUUUGAACAAGGUUUAUCCGAUCGUACUCGGAAGAUGUUCAAAGGUUUUGCUUGCUUUAACGUGUACCAUACUCGUACGCACAUCCAAUUGAUCAAACCCUAACCAAUGUCACUACAAUAAGGUCGGAUUUUGAAUUAUUCUCUCUGUAGCUGAAAGUGUUCGUGAACGAUGGUUGUGAUUCAAGUUCAGCUUCAAACCCACCCAUCGAAAUUCAAUGGCUUCUCUCAACACCCAUCUGUUUACAAUAUUCAAAGAUCAAAGAAGCUGUCUUUGCAAGCCAAAGCAAUCUCUUCAAGAACUCAGAGGAUAAUGGAGAGCAUUUCAGUAGGUGGGGAAGUUGGUGGAGCUGGAGGGGCAUACUCAUAUGAUGCUUUGAAGAGAUUGGAUAAUUUGUGGUCUAGUAUUUGUUCUGAUCAGAGAGUUGUUCAAGAACCCAAACAAGUUGUCUCAAAUACCCCUGGUUUGUUUAGCGAAUCUGAUAUUGCGGAGAAAGAAGUGGAUAAAUUUGAUGUGUUGGUUUGUGGGGGUACUUUAGGGAUCUUCGUUGCCACGGCCUUAAGUUUGAAAGGCCUUCGAGUAGGAAUUGUGGAAAGGAACCAACUGAAAGGGAGAGAACAAGAGUGGAAUAUAUCAAGGAAAGAGCUCUUGGAACUUGUUGAAGUUGGCAUCUUAACAGAAGAUGAAAUUGAGCUGACAACAACUUCAGUGUUUAAUCCUAACAGAUGUGGAUUUGAGAGGAAGGGAGAGAUAUGGGUUGAAAACAUUCUUAACCUUGGUGUUUCGCCUGCCAAGCUUAUAGAUAUUAUGAGAGAGCGAUUCAAUUCGCUUGGAGGGACGAUCUUUGAGGGUUGCAGCGUAUCUAGCAUAGACGUUUAUCAGGAUAUAGCAGUACUGCAACUAACAGAGGGAAAGAUCUUGUCAGCUUGUCUCAUAAUAGAUGCAAUGGGGAAUUUUUCGCCUGUUCUCAAACAGAUUAGAGGAGGCAAGAAGCCCGAUGGCAUUUGCCUUGUCGUUGGUUCUUGUUGUUGUGGUUUCAAGGAAAAUUCCAGCAGUGAUGUCAUAUUCAGUAGUGCUGAAGCGAAGCCGGUUGGCAACUCAGAAGCACAAUACUUUUGGGAGGCAUUUCCUGCUGGUUCUGGACCGUUGGAUCGAACUACAUACAUGUUCACUUAUGUUGAACCACAACCUAGUAGCCCAAAACUGGAAGAAUUGCUAGAGGAUUACUGGGAUCUGAUGCCUAAGUAUCAGGAAGUCACUUUGGAUGAGUUAGAGAUCCUAAGAGUUAUAUACGGCAUUUUCCCUACGUAUCGUGACAGUCCGUUGCCAGCAGCUUUCAAUCGUGUUCUACAGUUCGGUGAUGCCAGUGGCAUACAAUCUCCAGUUUCCUUUGGUGGUUUCGGGAGCUUGACCAGGCACCUCGGAAGACUAACAAACGGAAUACAUGAAGCAAUCAGUGCAAAUCUCCUGGAUUCAGACAAUUUGUCAUUGUUGAAUCCAUACAUGCCAAACCUGAGUGCAUCUUGGUUAUUCCAAAGAGCCAUGUCUGCAAGAAAACAAGCCGGGGUCUCACCGGAUUUCAUCAACGAGCUUCUCUAUGCCAAUUUCCAGAGCAUGCAGAGGCUAGGGGAUCCCGUGCUAAGACCAUUUCUUCAGGAUGUCAUACAAUUUGGACCUCUCGUGAAGACGUUAGGCCUGGUUAUGCUCACAAAACCUCAAAUCCUUCCUUCAAUAUUUAAGCAGGUUGGCUUCCCGGUGCUAAUAGAUUGGCUAGGACAUUUCUCACUGUUGGGUUCUUAUACGUUUCUUUCCAUAUUCAUCGACCCAUUAAUAAGGCCCAUGAUCGAUACGUUUCCAACUGAGACGAAGUACAAAUGGAAGAGACAACUUGAGGCAUGGAAAUAUGGAUCCGGUCUAGAUUACAAAUUCGAAAGUGAAGACACGACCAAAGAGUACGUUGGACAAAAACCAUUAGAAUCAAAGAUCGGAAGCCAAAAUACUAUCUGAAGCUAUCUUCUAGCUCGAAAUCCGGAUUAGCAGCUAAUCUCUGGUAUUAAAAGUGUAAAAUAUAUGUUUAAUACAUCCAAUUUUUGCUUUCUAGUAAAAUGAAAACAUGUAAUACAACAAAUUGACUAAAUUACUUAUUCAUUAUUACUCGUAUACAACAACUAUAAUAGAUAGAUAGAUAGACAGAGAAACACACGAAAGAUCAUGUGAGAAUAGGAGUUAAAGUAAGAAGAGUAAGAAGGGAUCUAGACCCUCGAUCAGUUUUAAUCUCACCCCACCCCAUGAAUUGCGCUUGACAUGGGAAUUGAUCUGGUGCAUCUCGAUGCACCGCAUUAGUGUUGAUCUUCAAUUACGAUUAAUCCAAAGGUGGAGAUCUCUUCUUACCCUUCUCACCAUAACUUUCAUCCUCACUGAAACCCUAUAUAUGUAGAGGGAAGGAUCAUGUGAGAAGUUGAUCAAUUUAAGAGAAGGCAAGAAGUUCCGAUAUCGUACAUGAUCACGUGAUGCAAGCACGUCCAAGAGGGACGCAAGUAGCUUGGUGAACACGACCUUUUGAUCGCCCGCUGUAUGCCGGUCAAUGCAACAUGUGUUUAAUCAUAUAUGAUUACGUACUCGUAUCACAUGUAAUCAUGUAUGAUCUUGGAACUUUUUACCUUCUUAAAGAUUGACCAUCUUCUCGUUUGAACUUGACAUACAUAUAUAUACA